CUCAGGAAGUGAUUCUCAGUCGUCUCUAGACAACAAACCUGGACACACUAACGACAUGAAACAUCAAACCUCCUUCAGUCCUGCUCCUGAAUCUCUGCAGCUCCGCUAAAAAAAACCACUGGUCUGUGGGAUGAAGCUCAGCUCGGCCGGACGCCCCGAGAUCGAAUCCGAUGACCGGGAGAAAGCGUAAUUCCGAACUGACGCUCUGAACGUCCAGGUUCAUCACUCCUCCUUUAUCUGGACAGAGAUUUCACCUGAAAAUGAAAACCUUCCUUUCAGUCGUUCUGCAGCUUGUCAGGAGAGAGUGAGGUCCACGAUCACUGACCAUCCGAAUACAGACUGGCCUGUCAUCAGCACGACCCAGAGAGAUCUGACCAGAGAAAUCCAGCCACGAGGAACAAAAAAACUCAAGAAGAGGAAACACUAACCAAAGUAAUACCUAUCCAACUACAAGCACGAAACCUCACUGCACGCACCAGUAGGGGGCGCUAGACUGGAAAUUUCAGAAGAAGUACAACUCUAAUGACACCAAAUACCAGCCUGAACCUCAGAUCUCGGUUCAUGGUUUCAGGAAGUUCAGCAGUGCCUCCUGUUGCUCAAACCGCACCGCUCAGUUCUCUAAAUAAAGCUCACGCUAAACAACAUGGCAGCGGUGAGCAGGAAGAAGCUGGUGUCUCCAGAAGCUCAGCGCAUCAUCAGCGUGCUGGACGAGUGUGUGUGUAAGAUAGAUGUGCUGUUGCUGCUGCCGUGUGAACUCCUACACCCCGAGUCUAUCUCUCAGGAGCUUGGAGACACUGCGGUGGAGUCGCUCAGAGAACAUCUACGACUUUCCGAGGAGUUCCGCUCGCUGCAGGACACGGAGACGAGGAAAGACCAAGCCAUCGCCAUGCAGGACUCACUGAGGAACUUCCUGCGCCAUGUGAGGCCUCACCAAUGGGCGGAGACAGUGAAGGCAGUGCUCCAAGGGGCGGGGCCAAUCACUGAGGACCAGAGGGCUGUGCAGGAACUGGGGGCGGGGCUACGGGAGCUCAGACAUGUGCUAAUGGAGCGGAUGUUGACCACGCCCCGAGAGGAGAGAGAACGCAAGAGAUACGGCCAGGAAGUGAGAAAAAGACAAGAACGUAAUGUAGAGGUCCUUCACCGGCUGGAACAGGAAGUUAGAGAGACCACAACAUACCGAGACCAAAUGAUCAGUAAGAAGGAUGAAGAGAUCCGGCGUUUGAAAGAUUCCCUCCACCAGAUGGAGAGAGUGUGGGAGGAGUUUGUGCUGCAGGUGCAAAAGAAGGCGGAGCAGCAGAACCAAUCAGAUAUGAAGAACUCGGAGAUGAAGCAGCUCCGCCUCCAGGAAGAAGCCAAUCAGCUGCAAGCUCAACUUGACCUCCUCACCACGCAGAACAGAGAGAGAGAGGCUAUACUGAGCAAGAAGAACAACAAGAUGGAGACUGAGAUUGAGAACUGGAUUCAGAAGUACGACAUGGAGAUGGAAGAGAAGCAGGUGAAACUGGAGCAUCUGACGCAGGUGUACAUGGAGGAGCAGGCGGAGCUGCGAGAGCUGCAGGAACACCUAGCCGUGUUGGAGAUUGAGUACUCGCAGAUCAUGGAGGAGAGACAGAAAAAGCGAGAGCGCAGAGAGAAAGAGGAAAGAGAGAGAGAGAUGAAGAGCCGAGCCGCCGUCAUCAUCCAGGCGUUCUGGAGAGGAUGGAAAGUCCGCAAGGCCAUGAAGAGCAAAGCCAAGAGCAAGAAAAGCAAGAAGGCCAAAGGGAAGAAGGGGAAGUGAUGAAGAGGAGGAGACACUGAUCUUUUCCAUGUUUAUCCCAACUGAAAUCCUGAAAUCUGAUUGGUCAGAAAGGUUUCUCCAGGUCACACGACUAGCUGUGUGGAUAACAUUAAACACAGAGAAAUGAAUAAUAAAGUAGGUCUUGUUCUUUAAGUGUGUUGCUUUAUUAAGAGGAGGAAGAGGAGGAGGAAGUGGAAUAAAACACAUGGAGUCAUGCUGUUAGAAGAAAAUUAAUCAAUUAGUCACAUGACUAGGGUCCUGCAGCAUGAGAGGCGUGUCGCUGCAAAUUCAACAGGAAAACUGCAACACACCCUUUAUUAUACUUUAUUCAUCUUUAUUAUACUUUAUUCAUCUUUAUUCAUCUUUAUUAUACUUUAUUCAUCUUUAUUAUACUUUAUU